AUGCGGAAUCACGGAUUAGGAUAUCAUCGUCUCCGUUGUCUAUUUCAGCGCCACCAGAGAAUAUACUGAAAUGGCCGAUGCUCCUACAAAAAGUGAGAGGAAAAGCUUAUGGCCGGGCAGGUUUCUGUUACCUGUAUUAGUACCCGUAACAGCGGCCCUGAUUCUUCUCUUCAAUCUGGAUCCCUUUGACCCGGCCCGUCUGCCCGCCAAGGUGUUGGACGGACGACCCAUAGCCCUCCCCAGGACCAACGCCCGCCUGCUCCGAGAAUCGGAGUUCAUUGGCAGGGGAUCGCUGCUGGCGCCCGAAGACAUCGCUUACGAUUCGGAGUCGGGAGUCAUCUACACCGGAUGUAUGGACGGGUGGAUCAAGCGAGUGACGGUGCGGGAACCGUCGGCGGAAUCGCUGGUGGAGAACUGGGUCGAAGUCGGGGGUCGUCCGCUCGGACUUGUUGUCGGAAAAAACAAAGAAGUUAUCGUGGCCCACCCCGAUCAGGGACUGCUGAACAUAAGCAGAGACGGCGGUGAAGUGGAGCUGUUGACGGACGAGGCGGAUGGAGUGAAGUUCAGACUAACGGACGGCGUGGAUGUGGCGGAGGACGGGAUCAUCUACUUCACGGACGCAUCCUACAAGUACAACUUCAGUGGGUUCCUGUUCGACGUGCUAGAGGGUAGGCCCCACGGUCGACUCCUCAGCUACGACCCGUCCACCCGGCUGACCAAGGUGCUGCUCCGCGACCUCUACUUCGGCAACGGCGUCGCGGUCUCACCGGAUCAAAACUCCGUAGUCUUCUGCGAAACUGUCGUGAGAAGGUGUAGAAAAUAUCACAUAAAAGGGGAGAGGAAAGGAUGGGUGGAUAGUUUUGUGGAGAAUAUUCCAGGUAUACCCGACAAUGUUAAAUACGACGGAGAAGGCCGCUACUGGAUUGCAUUGUCCAUGGAGUUUACACCUUACUGGUUCUGGGACGCGGUGUUCAGGUAUCCUGCCAUCAGAAAAGUGUUAGGGAUACUGGAGAGGUACCAUAAGAAACCACAUCUAGAGAAGAAUGGUGGGGUUCUGGCUGUUGAUUUGGAAGGAAAACCCACCGCCCGCUACUAUGAUCCUGCACUGUCGCUAAUCUCAAGUGGCAUCAAGAUUGGGAACCAUUUGUACUGCGGUUCAUUAGCCAACUCCUACCUUCUCAGCUUCAAUCUCACUCAAAAUCCUGCACUUGCCGCUUCAUGAAGAAGGCCUUGGGCUUCAUUAUCAAAUUGCUGUUUCUAUAUAUGCGGGGUUUCUUCUGUGAAAACCAUUCUGCUGUGCACUGUUUCAGCAAUGUUUGCUUCCUCCUUUUCUUCUUCUUUGUUGUAGUUCGAGAGAUGUUUUACUGCAAUAUUUCUUUGCAUGCUGAAUGUGACAAAUGGAUGACAGCA